AUGGCAGCAGAAAAUGGAGAUAGAAUCGCUCAAUAUAAUUUAGGUACAUGUUAUCAAUAUGGAAAUAAUAUUGAAAAGGAUGAAAUUAAAGCAUUUGAGUGGUAUAAAAAAUCAGCUGAACAAGAACAUAAUGAUGCACAAAAUAAGCUUGGAUACUGUUAUAAUAAUGGUAUCGGUAUAGAAAAAGAUUUAAAAGAAGCAUUUUAUUGGUAUCAAAAGUCAGCGGAGAAUGGAAAUAAAUUUGCACAAUAUAAUUUAGGACAAUGUUAUGAAUAUGGGAAUGGUAUUGAAAAAGAUGAAAUUAAAGCAUUUGAGUGGUAUAUAAAUUCGGCUGAACAAGAAUAUAGUGAUGCACAAUAUAGUUUAGGGAUAUUUUUUAAAAAUGGUAUAGGCGUAGAAAAAGAUUCAAAAGAAGCAUUUUAUUGGUAUCAAAAGGCAGCAGAAAAUGGAAAUAUGUUUGCACAAUAUAAUUUAGGCCUAAGUUAUCAAUAUGGUGAAGGUGUUGAAAAAAAUGCAAGUAAGGCGUUUGAAUGGUAUAAAAAAUCAGCUGAAUUAAAAUAUAGUGAUGCACAAAAUAGUUUAGGAAUUUGUUAUGAAAAUGGUAUAGGCGUAGAAAAAGACUUAAAUAAAGCAUUUUAUUGGUAUCAAAAAUCGGCAGAAAAUGGAAGUGAUGUUGCACAAAAUAAUUUAGGAAUUUGUUAUGAAAAUGGUAUAGGCAUAGAAAAAGAUUUAGAAAAAGCAAUUUAUUGGUAUAAAGAAUCAGCAAAAAGCGAAAAUAAAGACGCACAAUGUAAUUUAGAUAAAUAUGGAGAUGGUAUUGAUAAAGACUUAAUAAAAGCAGUUUAUUGGUAUCAAAAAGCAGCUGAAAAUGGAAAUAAAUCUGCACAACAUAAGUUAGGACAAUGUUAUCAAUAUGGAAAUGGUAUUGAAAAAGACGAUAUUAAAGCAUUUGAGUGGUAUAAAAAGUCGGCUGAACAAGAAUAUAGUGAUGCACAAAAUAACUUAGGAAUUUUUUAUGAAGUUGGUAAAGGCGUGGAAAAAGAUUUUAAAAAAGCAUUUUAUUGGUAUCAAAAAGCAGCAGAAAAUGGAAAUAAAUCUGCACAACAUAAUUUAGGACGAUGUUAUCGACAUGGAAAGGGCAUUGAAAAAGACAAUAUUAAAGCAUUUGAAUUGUAUAAAAAAUCAGCUGAACAAGAAUGUAGUGAAGCACAAAAUAGUUUAGGAACAUGUUAUGAAACUGGUAUGGUUACAGAAAAAGAUUUAAAGGAAGCAAUUUAUUGGUAUCAGAAAGCAGCAGAAAAUGGAAAUAAAUUUGCACAACAUAAUUUAGGACGAUGUUAUCGAAAUGGAAAUGGCAUUGAAAAAGACGAUAUUAAAGCAUUUGAGUGGCAUAAAAAAUCAGCUGAACAAGAAUUUAGCGAAGCGCAAUGUAGAUUAGGCAUAUUUUAUGAAAAUGGUAUAGGCGUAGAAAAAGAUUUCAAAAAGGCAUUUUAUUGGUAUCAAAAAGCAGCAAAAAAUGGAAGUACACAAGCACAAUAUAAUUUGGGGCAAUGUUAUCAAUACGGAAUAGGUAUUGAAAAAGAUGAAAUUAAAGCAUCUACAUGGUUUAAAAAAUUAGCUGGGCAAGAUACGACUGAUAAUGCAUUGAAUAACUAG